AUGGAGAUGAUGAACUUGAAACCCCAAUACGCUCGGAAGCUAGACGAGUCAGGUCUCAGCCCGAUGCAUUUGGCUCUACAGAACAAACGUUUUCGGACAGUGAGAGGGUUUAUGUCCGUAGAUAGUAACUUGAUAAGGAUCAAAGGAAGAGGGGGGAUGACGCCUUUGCAUUACGCGGCUCAGACAGGAGGACCCAACCUGUUGAGCGAGUUCUUGUCCGCUUGCCCUUCUUCCGUCGAAGAUUUGACGAUCAAGUGCGAGACAGUUGUACUCGUCGCCCUGAAGAACCGUCAGUUUGAUGCGUUUAGGGUUCUUGUCGGAUGGCUUCAAAGGGAUAACCAAGUGGAGAUGUUGAAUUGGAAGGAUGAAGAUGGCAACACUCCACUCCAUGUUGCUACAUCUAUGGAUCAAAUCGAGGCCGUGAAGUUGCUGUGCAAGAAAGUCCACGUAAACGCGAAGAACUUCGAGGAGAAGACUGCUUUGGACAUAUUCCAAAGUAAACAAUCUUCUCUGAAUCCAGACAUCGCCAAAAUCCUCCGAGGUGCCAAAGCGAAAGAGGCGAAAGAACUGACCGGUCCGACCAGAACCCUUCCGGAGUAUCUGAUGCAAAAUCUGUCGAUUUUCGAGAGACGAAACAAACUGUUGGGACUGAGCAAUUUCAACAGCAGCAGGAAAAGAACCAGAGACAAAAGCGAUAUCCAGAGCUCAGUUCUUGUCGUGGCCAUACUGAUAGCCACGGCCACGUAUCAGGCCGGUCUCAGCCCACCCGGCGGAUAUUGGCAAGACGACUCUUCCUCGAGCUCGGAUGAUGCCACAGAACAGCAUGUGGCUGGCCAGAUGACGAUGAACUUCGAUCCCGCGAUAUUUUUCUACGGUUUCAACGGAGUCUCCUUCUUCUCGUCCAUGGCCGUGAUCAUUUUCUUCAUCAUUGGACUCCCGACCUGGACAGUUCUCUGCGGUUCGAUCGUGGCUCUCGGGAUUUCUAACCUCGGAUCAUUUGCCUAUACGUUUCCGAACUCGGAAGAUCCAAGAGAAGAUGUCGGAUCGUUCAUAUUGGAGUUGGCCUAUCCGGUAUGUGCUACAUGGAUCGCAGCUGUACCUCUUAUAGCAUACUUAUUGCAUGACAUUCGUCGACGUCGGGUGGACACUUUCAAGGGAGGUAUCUCGGGUCGGAUUUGGGACUGA